UAUUUCUAAUCCGGUCGACCUCCACAUCCGCUAGAGCCUUGGACCUCCCGCCGCGCCGCACCUAUGGCGGUCGCCGCCGCCGCCGCCGCGACGUCGUUCUGGCUUCUCCGUAGACCCUUCUCUUCUACUGUCCUCGCGCGCUACGCGAAUCCUAUCCUUACCCCUCUAUGCUUCUCGCACUCUGCGUCUGCUCCCGCCCUUGCCUCUUCAACACCAGCACCGCCUGCGCCUCCGCUUACCACCUGCUCCGGCGAAGGAGGUGGCGGUCUGAGGUGGGAGUCCACGCGGAAGAAGAGAGUCGUGCUCCGCGUAGGCUACGUCGGCAGCGAGUACCGAGGUCUCCAGAAACAGCGAGAGCUCAGCGCGGAUUCCACCAUUGAGUCAGUCUUGGAAUCUGCCAUCUUCAAGGCAGGGGGCAUUCUUGAGAGUAAUUACGGAAAGCUGCAAAAAGUUGGUUGGGAAAGGAGUAGCCGAACCGAUAAAGGGGUACAUUCACUGGCUACAAUGAUCUCUCUGAAGAUGGAAAUCCCUGAUCGAGCAUGGGAGAACGAUCCUGAUGGCAUAGCUCUUGCGAAUUUCAUUAACUCGAAUCUACCAAACAAUAUCAAAGUUUUCAGUAUCUUGCCUGCGCAAAGGAGUUUUGAUGUAAGGAGGGAAUGCUUGUACCGGGAAUACUUCUAUCUUCUCCCUGCUGAAAUUAUCGGAAUUAAAAGCGGUUGUAGCUCUGAAGAAGUAGAGGAGCACUUGAUUGAAUUCAAUAGCAUACUGAAAGGUUUUGAGGGGAACCACCCAUUUCAUAAUUACACUGCCCGUGCGAAGUACAGGAAAGUUCUAGCUGGAGCGCACCGAAGGUCCAAGGAAACAAGCUCAACCAUAAAUUCCAUUCCCUCUGAAUUGGCUGUGGACCAAAGCCCUAAUGAUGAUGGUGCUACUUCAGAUGCAGAUGAUGAACACUUAAAUUUUUCGUCAGUAGUUGAUUCCAGUUUACCAGAAAACGAUUGGAAUAAGGAUAAUCCCAAACAUCAUGAGAAUCAUGUGCAGAUUCAAGCUAGAUGGCUCCAUGAGCCUAAUGAAAAUGAUAGAUUAAGUGCUUCACACUUCAGAGACAUCAUCACUUGCUCAUGUGGAGAGUUGCAGAGUUCUUCAGGAAUUCAAUUUGUUGAACUGACUAUAUGUGGAGUGUCUUUUAUGCUACAUCAGAUCCGCAAGAUGGUUGGUACUGCUGUGGCAGUGAAGCGUGGAUUACUACCGAAAGAGAUUAUAGAACUGUCUCUCGCAAAGUUUUCUCGCAUCGUCUUACCGAUCGCUCCAUCUGAAGUUCUGAUCCUUAGAGACAACAGUUUCUGCACAAGGAACAAGCAAGGCAGCAUUGUUCGCCCUGGCAUCCAAUCGAUAAACGAAUCUAAAGAAGUCAAGAAGGGAGUAAUGGAAUUUUACAAGGCAGCUCUUGUGCCUGAGCUGGCAAAAUACUUGGAUGCAUCCGAACCUCCGUGGGAGGAAUGGGUGGAGAACUUGGACCACUUCACCAGCAUACCGGAUUCUCAGUUGGAUGAAGUUAGGACAGCGUAUACAGCAUGGAGAGAGGAUUACAUUCGAGCGAAAACGGCUCGAAAGAGUUCUGGCGGUGGCUGAUUUCUUUGUCAAGCUGACCACAAGGUGGACAAGAACCCAAACUAAAUCCCUUUUCUGAAAUGCAAAUCAUGUUUCUCCUCCAAGCAUUUCCCCAUACAGGAGCCUGACUUGUGGGCAGGCAAAGUUGGCUUACCUUUUUUUUUUCUCUCUCACGGGGACAAUACUGAGAGCCUGAGCCAUUGAUUGAUUAGACUAGGAUGACCCGCAGACUGUAAGUGUCCCGUUUGCCAAAUGCAACAGCAAAGUCUCUGUUUGAUUGAUUCACUGACUGUUUCUACUUCUCCUUUGAAAAAGGUAGCCAUUGCAAGUGCCAAUCUGCAGGCAGGCAUAAUAAAGCAGUAGUACGUGUUGCAUGCA